UACACUUCACUUAUAUAUUCACGUUAAAAUAACAGUUGUCAUCUAAAACUUCCACUUUUUAUCCAAGAAUCUACUAAAAUAGAAUUAGGACAUUUCACAGUGAUAAACUGUACACAUCGCGAUACACGAAAUAAUUCUAUUGCAUAAAUCCCAUUGUUUUAUCCAUUUGGAAUGGUAUUCGAAUAUUGAAACAGUUACAUAAUCAUUUCUACGCUCAACAUUUGCACCGUGAACAUUUCUAUCAACGCAGACGUAUUAUUCACAGAUUGGGAAAAAGAAAUACAUACUAUAUUCAUGUGUCGUGUUAGGUAACCCCGAAGAAACUCCGAGGAAACAAGAAGAUAAACACAUAUUGUUACUGUUAUCGAGUUCUAAAAGUGAAACAAAGAAAAGGGGAUCUUCGUCGUUUACCAACUUUACCUUUCCACAAGCCACAAGAAAGUUCUGCGCUGUGCCAAGAGAGUAUAUUCUUACAUUCUAACAGUACAGACUGACAGAUAGGCCAUGUACGGUCCACAGUGACAUUAAAUUAUUCACGAUCCAUCGAUCGAAAAAAAAGAAAGCCGUGCACUACGCCCAGGCAACGCGGUGAACGUCACUUACGCAACGUAGGACACGGUUCACACCUUUUAUGAAUGAAGUUGAACGCUGCGAAUUUCCAAUAGAAUCUCGCGACCGUCACCUCUUUCGUUUCCGGCUUUUGCGACAUUCGGGCCGCGGCGAUCGCGAAAUACGGAUGCUUCUCGUCCAGCGUCGCGAAGUGCGCCAUUUUACGGCCCUCGCUGCUUCCGGGAAAAGAAGACAACACUUGGUUUCACACCGGUUAUCGCAGAACUCUGCGGUAGCAAUAAUCGACAUGAUUCUUCUAAUUUCCGAACAUUAAUCGUCGGAUAUAACAGAAUAUUUUCAAUUUAACUGUGCUGUGACGUGCGGUGUAUCAAGAUGUAACAAGUGUCAAGCGAACUGUGCGCGGAAUAAUGCAUAUUAUUAAAAUUAUCUUCUUCUUAUUGUUACUUCGAUCUUCGAACAAUAGCUCGCAGUCAUUGUGAUGUUUGAAUAAAAGAAGAGCGAGAACGGUUGAUUGGAAAAAUAUGAAAUCAUUCGUGCAAUUAUUACGUACCGAAGAACUAGUAAAAGUUUAUUACGUGCAACAGAAUGGAGGGAAUUCUGGGUCAUGAAUUUAGAACACCUGCCCUGCACUUUCACUGCAUUUCGAUACGCGCCAAGUGGAAGAGGAUUCGGCGAGACAAGUCUCGUUUAAAAAUCGUGUGUGUCGGACCAUGUGCGCCGGGGAACUGCUCGAUGGCUCCAGCCUCUGGAGCCUGGAGCGACAAAAGAAGUAGGAGAUAAUUUUACUGCGUUCUUAUCACCUCCAAAGAUUCUUCUAAGAAGAAAAAUGUCAAAGCAUCGCAAUAAUUCAAGACAAACUGUCGAAUUUUACUUUAUUGGCAGUUAAAUAAAGUUAUAUAUACCUGAGACAGUCUGAGCAGAAACAUAAUGCAGAGACGCAACGUUCAUCAUGUAUUCUACACCAAUUUUCCUUUUGUUACUUUUUGGUGCACUUGCACAAUGUUCGAGCUUCAGAGAUCAGAAUCGAAAUGACACUCUGAUUUUAUCCAAAAUUGUCAGAAGAACUCCCAAUUCCUUGCUACUAGUGAGUCCGAAGCAGGUGAAGAUUUUAGAACGGACGAUUAAACGUUUCCUGUCGAAAACGGCGCAGCCGAUCGACAGGCCAAUUCUACUGAAAUCGAAGAGAAACAAUAUGCAACUGUCGAUCAGAUGUAUGUGUGAUUCAAUGCGGAAUAGCCUCAUGGAAUUUGCGAAAGAUUGCAAUCUGACUGCCAGUGUGUUACGGUACAAGCAAAGUCCGAGCGAACUUCCGGUCUCUACGGACUGGUUCUCCGAGGUUUUGCUGCAGAUCACCUUUUUGUUACGGGACGUGGGUGAUAUGAUCAACGAAAUCGGCGACAAAAUUAACAAACAUUUUGGCGGACACAAUACGACAUCACGGAAAAGUCAGCAAUUAAUUAAAGAAUCGGAUGGAUUCGAGUUCAUGGGUGUCGUCUACGAUGCAGCAGACUUCGCGGAAAGACUGUCGCGAUGUCUGCUACGCAUGUCGAUGACAAAACGGCGCAAAUCAUCCAUCGACCUCAACCACGUCGUGCUGAAUAUUACAAAGAAUACUCCAGAGCUCGCAGUGAAAAUUUUCGAAUCGAGUUUUCAAAAUACUUCGCCCGACGAUAUUCCAAAAAAUCGUGCACACAAAUCCUGGCACGGGUAUCUUUGCGUAUCGUUGAUAAAAGAGCGAGAAGUCGAUUACGACGAUUGCGUCCGAGAUCUACAGAACCUCGAUAAGUGUCUUCGGAGCUUGAAACGGCGAUCGGAGAAUCAUCCGAGGAACAUCGAGGAAAAAAGAUGGUUGAGAGCGAUCGAGCAGCUCAGCGAUUGUGACGCGAACACGGAUGAAAGAGGGAAACAGAAGAUAUCUUGCAGAUGGAGUAACAAAAUGCCGCGAACGGUUCAGCAGAAGGUGAAAUUCUCAUUCGAAAAAAUGUUUCCUAAGAGAAUACCAAAGCGAUCGCCUUUCCAUCGAGCUGUUCGAGAUCUAAGUUACACUUUGUCGAAAAAAUCGUGGGGCCAAAGGUUCGCGAAUGAAUUAUGCCAAUUCUGUAUGAUUUAUGACGACGGUCUGAAAAAGUUUCAGAAAGUCUCGGCGAUCGCUGCGCGAGACAGAAGUGCUGUGGCAAAACAGAGGAAGCUUCACAAAGCUCUGCAAGUGUACAGAAGAGGAAUUUUCGAAAGAUUGUUUGGAGCGAUCGGUGGGUUGCAUCGUUCUAUGACCGAAUUCGAAAAGUUCCUCGUGCAUGGGAUACAGAAUGUCCUGAACGAGUCCUGGCAGAGCCACGUAAGGAUCCUGUCGUGUAUGAUUGAGUGGAUGAACCAAGUAUUACAGUUUUAUUCGGACGACAACAGUAAUUACGAACAGAAGCCAGUAGACACGAGUACAGCGGUGGAAGAAGCAAAUGGCAGCGAUGACUCGAGUUCAGAUUAUUCGUCGAGUGACGAGGAUGACACUGCUGCAGCUCGUUCUGCAGUGAUCCUGAAAAGGGCGGAGGCAUCCAUGGACAAUUUAAUUGAAUCGAUGGAUCGAGUCGGCAAAACUCGAAGUACAAACGACACGAGCUUGUUGGCCGGUUUGGCGAAUAAUCUUUUGUUGGUUACAAUGUUCAUAGAAACCCUGGGCUUUGUUUCUACUUUGUACUGCUUUGGCCAUGGAAUGAAAAACGAAACGCAGUCUCUGAAUUUUGAGGAAGAUAGGGGGCUCGCUCGUCGAGCGGUGAUCCCAUUGGAUAGCGAAGGUCCUUUCGAUUCGAUUUCAAAGCACUUCGAUCCCUUUGAAGCUUACGAAAAUCUGACAGUAGUUAUCUAUAACUGAAAUCGUUAUGUCCAAUGAGUGAAUAGUGUAACUAAUAAAAUGGAAAAGAAUCAUAUAUAAUCAUAUUCCU